UUAUAUUAUUAGGAAAUAUUUGAAUCUUCGAGAACAAUGGGACCAUACAGCCAAUCUUUUUUAUAAAUCAUUCAUAUAGCACGGGCAAUGUUCUAUUUUUUCUGGUACUAUUAUUUUUGCCAUAACUGUGUGUGUGUGUUCACGCAACACGUUUCCCAGCAAUUAUGUUUAGGAUAUACGUUUUGCUACAGUAUGACUAAGAUGCUCAUUUUAAUCAGGAAUGCCCUUUUUCUGCUUGCCUCGUUUCUAGUUCUGUCCCGUUGUGAAAUGUUAACAAAUUAUAAACAAUGCUGUUGGCAACUGCGACCUGAAAAACCAGUAGCCGCCUGAUUGUUUGUUCUUUCGCCAAUUACAAGCGCAGUUCUGAUAAUGGCCGAGAUGAUUUUUGCAAUUCGUAUGCAACUUAACGCCAUUCUUAAGACCACAUAACACAAUGAGUAGUGUUGACUACUAUUCAUCAGGCAAUUGUUUCCAGAAACUGCUGGCAACAACUGUAAAAGUGUGAUUUAAUUGCCGCAUAACGACCUCUACAGAAUGCAAUGACAUUUAUACGACCAGCCCCUCAUCACACAGCGUUAUCGCAACAAUCAUUGCCAGAUUUCAAACACAUGCAUAAAAACGUGGAUUGAUUCUAAACUAUCGCCAUGUUCGCAGAAGUUGCAAAUCAGUAUCUACAUCAUGUCAGUAGAAGACUUCGGCUAGUUUUAAGGUUGUGGGACAUGCCGUAGAAUCAUACUCAAAAUUAUACAUACGACUAUGUAUGUUCCAAUGUGUGUUUCUUUUCUCCAUUGGUUGCAAUGCGUCAACGAUCUCUCUUGCCACUGCUUAAUGGUUGUCGAUUGGCUGUCCAGCAGUCAAAAAAAAAAAAAACUGCAGCGAUCGAGUCGGUUCAGUGGACCGCCACAUUGCUCAUACGUGCUGUGUGAGAUUCAAACGAGUUGUUGAAUAAAUCUCAGUCAUGUUCUUUUAACUAAUGGGAAGCCUUUAGAACCAACCGCAUUUGUUGUCGGUACGCGUAACGUAUUGGUUGUUAGUUUGCCCUGCCGCACGACAAGCCACCAAGUAACAAAUUAGGAAAAAGCAGCAUUUGGAAAUCGUAGCAAAAACCAUGAGUAUUUUCAAUUGGAGAAUUGUGUUGUUCCAAAUCUUAUGGUAUUUGAGUGGUUCAAAUGCUGGUGUAAGUCUCUCCUAUCGUCCCGGUCAAUGUGACAUUUCUAUAUUCAGUGUCGUUCAGGAUAUGCUACGUAAUGAGGUAAGAGCAUUACUCAAUCCCCGUCUUCGAUACUUGGCAAGUCAACAAAUGCACUAUGACCUGUACACAUCGCUGAAUCCCAAUGAACGGCAUAUUCUUCGCACAGGGGAUGUUAAGGCAUUGCGACGCUCACACUUCAAUCCCAAAUGGCCACUAAGAGUAUCAAUCCAUGGUUGGGCUGGCAAAAGCACCUCUUGUUCAAAUGCCGCCAUCAAAGAUGCCUAUUUGUCCAGGGGAAAAUUUAACGUCAUUCUUGUGGAUUGGAGUGAUAUUUCACAUGACAUUAGCUAUCCACGCAUAUCGCAACAAUUUUCCGAAAUUGCCGCCCAUGUCGGCAAAUUUAUUCGUUUUUUGCAGAAGGAAACCGGCAUUGAGUGGAGCAACAUUUACUUAAUUGGGCACAGCGCUGGUGGUCACAUAUCGGGUUUAACGGGCAAACUAUUGAAACCACAGCAAAUUGGUGCAAUAGUGGCAUUAGACCCAGCUGGCCUUGCACAACUCGGCUUGCCAGCAGAUUUUCGUUUGGCCCCCGACGACGCCGCCUAUGUCGAGAGCAUACACACAGAUACAACACAUUUGGGCAAUCCGAGCAUUGAACUCAGUCAUGCAUCGUUCUUUCCCAAUUGGGGUCAAGGCCAGCCACAUUGUCCAAAUGCAACGGCAGCCGAAUUUGAUUUUGCUUGCGAUCACUUUGCAGCCUUGUAUUUUUUCGCUGAGUCUGUGCGCAAACCAAAACUGUUUGGGGCGAUGCAAGCGGUGCCAGCAUCGUGUGUGAAGCACCACAAUUGUACAUGUCGCGAAACGGGGUCAAACGAAUGCACGGCCGACGUUUACAUGGGCGGAGAGCCUCUGAUGCCCAAACGCGGCAUUUAUUAUUUAAGUACGCGACGGAGUCCUCCCUUUGGUUUGGGCAAUUCUGUGCGAGUUCGAGCCUCGAUAAAGCCGAAUUUCUUAGAAAGCAGUGUUCUACCAACACAGAUAUUCUUUAAAGGUUAAUCAUAUCCCGUCGAACAGUUACGAUCGUUCGACCAAAGCCAGAGGUUCAAAUUAAAUUUAAUUUUUUUAGACAUAGACACAAAACUUACAUGGAACUUUGUUGUCAUGUAGUAACAAAUAAAUCCUUAACAAGUUCUCAAGUGGUUUUUAAUUACUCGGCUUAACAGCAAAACCCACAGUCUAAAUCCUAUACUAAAAUGUUUAAAGUGACUCAAUUAAAUCACAAACAAUUUAUAUUGUCUGCCACAUCAU